UCAUCAACGAAAAAAAUGGCAAUUUUGAUCUUUCUUGUUGAAAACUAUCGAUAAUUGCUAACAAUUGAACAGCAAUAUUACAAAAAAAACUCAAAAGAAAAAUGAAUGGACCAUCAGAGACGGCAACAUUGCCACCACCAACUACCCCCAUUCAAUCGAAUGGUGGCCUAUUUUCUUCCUAUUACCAUCCACAUCAACAUCAACUUCAUCAUCAUAAUCAAGGAAAUCAUUAUCCAUUAAAUGGCCAUUAUCAUUUAUAUCCAUCAACAACCAAUGGUGUUAACCAAACAAAUGGUUCUCAAAACGGUGAAUCUUUACCAUCACUUAAUGAUGGAGAUAUUCAUGUAACUGUGUUACAAAUCGAUCAACAACAAUUGCAACAAUCAACAUAUCCAUAUUGUGGUAACAGUUAUCAUAAUGGGCAUGAGGUUAUUAACUCUUUGUCAUCGAAAAAUUCCUCAUUUAAUCAACAUCAUAAUAAUCAACAAUUAACUGGUCUGAAUAGCGAUUUUGUUACUGUAUUGACAAUUAUUUCAACUGGUGCCACAAUAAUGACACCCUCUUCAUCAACAAUAACAACUACUACCGCCAAUCAAACCACAAUGAAUGGUACGGGAUCAUUGUCUAAUUAUAACCAUCAAAAUAGUAAUCAAAGGAUAUUUGUUGAUAAUAAACGUGGUGAAAUUGAAGAAGAAGUGAUAAUUUAUCGUUUGCCAGGUGAACGUUUGGGCAUGGCAUUAAGGUUUGAUGGCGGUCAAAGUGCAACAGAAACUAUUCGUCGUGUUUUCGUACAAAGUAUCACGCUGAAUUCGCCAUCUGCCAAAGCGAUCGGUUUGAUGCUGGGUAUGUUGCGUGAAGGUGAUGAAAUUCUGCAAAUUGAUGGUCGAUCAUCGUCAUCCCUGACUCGAUUAGAAUGCAUAACAUUACUUCGGGAUGCUCCUGUUUGCAUUCGAUUGUUUGUUCGUCGGCGAAAUUGUCCAAACUCUCUAAACGAUAGUAAAGAUAAUGAAAGUGUUCCGAUGACCCAAAACUGUCAGAAAUGUCCAUCACAACAGCAUCCAACAUCAAUGACAACAACGACAAUGACGACAAUGACAACAGUAGCAGUGCCAAAAGUAUCGAAUUGUUGCCAAAUGCCUAUACAUCUGCCAAAUAACAGUCUACAUUUAAAUUCGAACCAUAAUCAUCUCAACAAUAACAAUGAUUCACAGAAUCGUUUGACCAAGUCAUCAGUAUCCUUAUCGUCGUCAACAUCGUCGUUGAUAUCAGCGGCAAAUACACCAUUGUUGAAUCAAUUGCUCAAUAGCUGUUCUGAUCAAUCAAUAGCAAACAAUAAAAAAGUUCCACCACCGGUUCCACCAAGGAUGGCAACAACAACAUUAUCAUCCAAACGUAAACCAAGGCCAAUGCCUAUACCACCAACGUUAACUGUAGACAAUCCUAAUGAAAUUGUAGCUGAUCAACAUCAUCGAAUCGAUAGUAAUGUCAAUUCAUUAACUAAUCAAAGUUGUAAUCAAUCAAGCGAACAAACAAUUAUCAUCAAACAAAAUAGUGGUAGUGGUGACAUUGAACAUAGACAAUAUUCCACUCCAAUUGUUCAUCAACAAAAUCAACAGUCGACUACAAAUCAAUCCGCUGUUGUCGAAAAACCUCCACGGCGAAAAAAUGUCAGCCAAAAUGGUACAGGUCAUCAAAAUGUUAAUGGUCAUGCUAAUCCACCACCGUUACCGCCUCGACGCCCGAAAGGACCACCACCAAAGCCGCCAAUAGAUCGAAUACAAUCUACACCGUCGAUUGUUAAUGUCAAUUUAAUACAAAAUCAAAACAACAAUAACAUAAGCAAUGGUGUUAGUCAACCUACGACACCGGUUGUAACAACUGCUAAAUCAUUGCCAUCAUUAGUGACAGUCAUUCAUUCUCCUACGAAUUCGAAUUUAGGUAAAGUAAAGGAUUUCGAUCCUGAUUGCGAUAAAUCGAUUACAGAGAGCAGCCAACAACAGAAAUCUAAUGAUUCUUUAAUGACACCAAAAUCAUGUCAUUCGGCAAUAAACUCAGCUGCUGCAUCGACACUAUUAAUAAAAACAGGCCACUUGAAUACCGAAAAUGUUCAUGAACAUCCUACAACAUCAAAGUCUACAUCAAACAACACAGCUAAAGUGACAUUUAAUAUAUCCAAUUCAAAAGUAUCAUCAUUUAUUCGUCAGACAGCUGAAAAAUUACAUCGGAAGCUUUCUGGAAAAACAAUUUCAUCAUCAUCAUCUUCAUCACUAUCGAAUGGAGAUUCAGAUGAAGAAAAAAAUGUCAUUAUGAAUUCAAUCAAUGACGGUCAAAGUCGUAAUUCAAACGAUACGACAACCGUCAUCGUUGAUUUAGCUAAGACAACCAUUGAUAAUAAGGAAAAAAUUCAAGGAAUGAAGCUUGAUAAUGUCAUUCUAGUUAAUAGCAAUAAUAAUAAAUCUACAGUUGAAUAUGAAGCUGAAGAAAAACCGACAACAUUAUCGUCCGCAUCACUUUCGAGCACUACGUUGACAACAACACCGCCACCGACCGCUGCAUCUUAUUCAGAUUUUAAUCAAUAUGCCGAAGAGUCUUUUGAAUCUGAUACAGAUGAUACAAGCUCUUCAGUAUCAACCAUUAUUGAACGAGGACCAUAUCAUGGCAAUGAUAUGGUCGUAGAACAAGAAAAUGCUGCAAAUGUUGAUGAUUAUGAAAUAGCGAAUUUAUCGAUUGUCGAUAGGGUAUUAAGUCCUUUCGAAAAAUUGGACAAUAAAGAAUUUCCCGUCCACAAAUCACCAGUGAUCACAGCUGCUACUGAUAGCUCGGAAAUGAAUUUAUUGGCUCAACCAUUGGUCACAAAUUUAGCGAUUGUUACUGAUAAACAUCAUUCGCAACAACAACACCACCAACUGUCAUCCGAUAAGACAGACAAUGUGCUUAUCAAUGAUAAUGAACAGUUGAUGAUGAUGAUGAAUACGAUGAAGGCGAACAUGAUGACAAAAAAUGGUGCCAUCGCUAACGAACCGAUGUUAAUUGAUGCCGAUCGAUUAUUUCCGAUUGAUGCAUCUCCGAACAGUAUUGGAAACGAUACUGAUGAUUUUCGACGAGAUCAUCCUCAAGCUAAUGGUGGUGUUGAUGUUGAUCGCAAACAAUCUGAUGAUUUGUCAAUAAUCAAACAGAAUGAUCAUUCUGAUGAUGAAGAUUUGAAUGAAAUCAAAAAUGACCUAUUUAGUCGAUUAGACGAUGAUAAAGAUGAUUUUAUGAUUGAUACUGAUUAUUUAAAUGAAUCAUCAAGUCGUUUUAUGUUUCACCACAAUAGCAGUGAAUUGAUUUUGAAUUCAUAUAGUGAACUAUCAUCAAUCACUGAAGAAGAUGAAGAUGAUGACAAUUCUACUUUUGAAGCAAAAUUUAACGAUAAUAUUGAUACAAAUAGAGCAGUUCUUGAAAAACAAAAACAACAAAAACCUGUUGUUCCCGAAAAGCCAAUUAUCGGAAACAUCCAACCAGUCAACAUGAAUAAUGAUUUGGCUAAAAUAAAUGAAUUGAAUCCAAUGUUAAUUGCUAAUGACGAAUGUCAAGAUAAUAAAAACAAGGAACAAAUGGAAAAUUUGAAAGACGAAUUUAAUGAUAAUGAGAUGAAUAGAAGCCAUACUUCUGAUUGUGGUUCAUCAACAUCAUCAACAUCAUCGUCAUCUGAUCAAACUAAAGUCAGUCUUGAUAAUGUUUUCGAAUUUCUCAACAAAGCUGCUGAUGAUUUCGAAUUUGUUGAACGAAUGUUAGAGUUAACAAAUGAUAAAAUCGAUUCAAUCGAUGAUAUAAUGCGUAUUCGUGAAUCAUUACGAGGUUUACAGGAAUCUGAUCAACGAGAAAAUUUACAACGAUUUUUGGAUGGUAAAGAUGUUUUUGAAGAGCUUAUUGCAUUAUCAUCACCUUCAUCUACUUCUUCAGUUUCAUCAUCAUCUAUGUUUUCUUCAUCAUUAUCAUCAACAUCAUCACAUUCAUCCACACCAUCUUCACCGGAUCAUGAAUUUCCACCAUCCGAACAUCAUAUUCAUGAUAAAUUGAUCGCGAACAUUAAACGAUCCGAUGGCCGAACACCAACGCAUAACCUUACCCAAACAGAGAGUUCCAUGGAUUUUGCCAGCCUGCCAGUUUGUUUAUCUGAUCAACAACCACCCUUAUCAUCAGUUAAUACACAAAAAUUACUACUUAAUCCACCACCAGCAUCAAAACAACAAUGCAAGCAACCCACGCCAGUAAUGAUGAAUAAAUCGAUAAUAAUGACCAACAAGGUGGAUCAGCCAAUCGAUUCGAAAAUUCCAACAUUAUUUCCAAUUACGAUGUCUAAACCAUCAUUGAACAAUUUAAACAAACGUUCACAAUCGAUAUCAAACAUUUUUACCCGAUCAAACAGCACAAUGAGUAGCGGUUCAUUUACUUCAUUAAUCGAAACAAAACCUAGUCUAAUACCGAGACCAAUUUCUAAUUUUAAUCUAUCAUUACCCCAAUCUACGUUGAACAAUAAUAAUAGCAAUUUAAAAAAUGUUAGUCAACAACGAACUAUUAAUCGUACAACCAGUCACAAUUGCCUGAAUCGAUCAACAUCAAUGCAAUCGAUUUUUUCUACAAAUUCUUUAUCACGUUCAACAAAACCUACAUCAAGAAUGAAUGGCACAUUAACUACACCAAGAAGACAAUCAAAUAUUACCUCUGGAUCAUCAUUAUCUUCAUCAACAACUUCGACUGGAAAAAACUAUCAUCACAAUUGUCUUAAUCAUAAUGAUGGAUCACCAUAUGGUUAUGGUUCAUUGUCAAGAUCGGUUUCAAAAUCAAGUACAAAUGUUUAUAAUACCGGUAGUUUACCCCGUCCUACAAAUAAACAAACAUCAUUCCAUAAUUUAACCAAUAAUAAUAAUAAUAAUCGACACAAUCAAUCUAAUGUUCAAUCGAUCAAUCAGGACGAAUCAUCAAAUACACGAGAUUUUCGUACCACAUCAUUAACUGAUUUAACUUAUGGAUCGAUUACCCAGCCAACAUUGAUAACAACCAAAGAAUUGAUUACACUAAAAAACAAACAUCAACUACAAUCACAAAAUGGUUUUAAAUCAUUUAAUCAUAACUAUCAUCAAAAUCAAUUCAAUCCUAAUCGAUUACCAACAUCGACUGUAAAUAAUCAUAAACAAUAUUUGAUUAGCAAUGAAAACUUGUUUCGUUCUGAUUCAUUAAAUUCGACCAACAACGGCAAUCCUUUUUUAUUGAAUGAUUAUCAUCACCUUCAUCAUCAUUUGCGUCAUGAUAAUUUAGAAAAAGAUCAUAAUCAUUAUAAUACAUUAGAAUCACAUUCAUUAGCAAACGGGGAUGAUAGUUCUAUUAAUGGAUUUUCAUCUUUUGAACAUUCAAAAAACCUCAUUUGGCUGAAUCCUAAUCAGACACAAAUUCAACAACAACAACAGAAAUCUCCCAAUUCUUCUAAUUUCUGGCAUUAUCAUAAUAAUCAAAAUUCAUCAAAAUUACGAACUAGUUUAAAUAAUAACAAAAACAAUACGGUCAUCACAACAAACAACAACAUUGGUAAUCAUCCAUUGUCUUUGUCGAAAGUAAAACCAACAACCAAUUCCUUACAACUACAAAUAUCAUCGAAUAAUAAUAAUAAUAAUAAUUUGAAACAAACAUCAAAAAAUCUUAUUCGAAAUUGUAAAAUCGACCAAACUAUCAAAUCAACAAGUUGUUCAUUAUCGAAUAAAUCAUCAGACAAUGAAGAAGUAGUUCCAUUACAGCAACCUAGAUCGAUUUUAAGAAAUUCAUGCAAAUCGAAUAAAUAUAAUAAUAACAAUAGCAAUUCAAUUGUUCAAACUAUUGAAGAAAAUAGAAUUGAAAGAAAAGUUAUUACAAAAGAAAAAACAACAGCUACUGCUAAUAUAAAAACGAGACCUAAUUUCGGUGAAUCAAGUUGCUCAUCUUCGUCAUCAUCUUCAUCAUCAACAUCAUCCUCACAACUUUCAGAUUCUGAAUCAAGCGAUAUUGUAACAACUUGUUCAGAUAGUUCAGAUUUUCAACUUAUUCAUCAUCAUAAUAAUAAUUCACAAAAUCUUGAUUGGACAUUAGAAACAAAACGUCCGCAUCAUCAACAACAUAGAGUCUGUUUUAUGGAUCAAAUCGAACAACAUCCCUCAAAACAUAAGGAACAAAAACAACAAUUGACCAUCAACGGCGAUCUUCCCAUUGUACAAACAAGAACAAAACAAGAUCAUCAUCAUCAUAAUCAACAACAACAGCAAAAAUUGACCGACAAGAUGAAUUCAUCAUCAGGCGAACAUCAUCUUUAUUCAUCGUCGCCAGAGGAGGUGGCCAUACUUUCAUCAUCUACAUCGACAUCAUCGAUUUCAUCGCUUGGCUCAUUGACAGAUAAUUUUAAUCAUAAAAAAUUAUCAUUUAAAACAGCAGGAAAAUCUGUUAGUUUUGAAAACGAUGAUCAACAUCAAUCUGAUAAUUUGCAAAAAUCGCCCUUCUUUCUAACACCUAAUCCGCAUCGAGAAGACUCGGGAAUCUUCGCCUCAGAUGAUACUUCAUCAACAUCUGAAUUUUCACACUCACCAAGUCCUGAGUUGUUAGCCAGACCAGCUAUUGAAAAAAUUUCCCAAGUUACCACUGAAAACCAACAACAGCAAUGUACGAAUCAAAACAAACAAAUGGCUGUGAAUAAUAAUGGAAAUCAACUACUUUCAUUGUCGCGUUCGUCAUCGGCGCCAUGUGAAACUGAAGUAAUAGCUCCGAUGAAGACUAUUCUAUCUGAAAAACAAGCAAAUUCAUCAUCUGGAGAAAAUUCGUUGUUAUCACGUGAUUCUUUCAUAACGGUUCGUCGCCAUCAAAAUGUUUGCAAACUAAAAGGUCUGAUUAUUCCGGAUACAAUCAACGAUGGACAAAAUGAAUGUGAUUCGAUUUCAACUGUCGAUGAUCGAAUUGAAAUUGAUUUGCCAACAAUAAUCAGUGAAGAAAUUCUAAAAAUUGAAGAUUUGAACAAAAACAAUUCAUUAAAAGUAAAUCAAAUAAAUCAACAAACAAGUAAAAAUAAUCAACCUAUCGAAAUUAUACCAUUAAAACCGGCAAAUGUUACUGUGCCAAAAUAUUCACCAAUGUUCAAAAGGCGUGUAUUUUCUUUGCCAGUUAAUGAUUAUUUGAAUGGCGAAAAACUCGAACAAAACAUUAAUUCAGAAACGGUAAAAGGUCCAAACAUACCACCUAAACCAAGGUUAAGUAAAACAAUGAAACCGGUCCGAAUGAAUUGUCCGCCUCCAUUCCCUCCUAAACCGAAAGAAAGUGAUCAAGAUUUAAUUGUUAAAAAUGAUUCUGAACAUGAAAACAAAAACAAUGUUCGAGAUGAACCUAAACAAAAGAUAAUGAAUGAAUUUGUCAUAUAUCAGAAACAACAUUCGAUGAGAGCUAUUAUAUUUCAACUAAAUGAUUUAAAUCUUAAUGAUGAAAAAGAAUAUCUUUCUCAUCUUGGAUUCACAAUCAAAGGGGGAUUUGAUUCUGACUCAGAUAAUGUUACGGUGGAAAGUAUUGAUCCGAAUGGUAUGGCUGCACAAGAUGGCCGUCUGCAAAAAGGCGACAGAAUUAUUUCAAUUAAUGGUAAACGUUUAGCUGGGAUGACGCAUAAUAAAAUCAUUGAUUUGCUUAAAAGUUCUUGUUUGAGUGAAAAAGUUGUCCUUGUUUUUACCAGACCACAUGAAACCAAUAAGAACGAAAUGAAUGAUGAUUAUUUGCUCUCCUUGGGAUCCAUUCCCACCGAUAACAAAGAAUCGCCGAAAUUAGCCUCAACGAUAUCAAUAGAAUCGGAUACGGAUGCUAACAACAAUAACUUCAAAAUUAUAAAAGCUGAUAUCACAAAAGACGUCACUGGUCUUGGAUUUAUGAUUGAAGGUGGGAAAGAUUCAUCAUUUGGUGAUAAGCCGAUAUCGAUUAAACGAAUCUAUCGAGGUGGACCUAUUGAUAAAGAAGGUACACUACUGGAAGGUGAUGAAUUAUUAUUUGUUAAUAAUCAUCCAAUGGAAGAAAUGACCAGAUCUGAAGCUUGGAAUUUCCUUAAAAAACUACCCGACGGAAUCGUAUCAAUGGUUGUUCGAAGGCGAACGUUUCUUUGAUCCAUCAUCAAUAAAAAUUGAAAUCAAACUGUGAUAAUUAAAACAAUUAUACGAUCAAA